AUGGCCGCCGAGGACAUCAGGUAUGACUGUUAUGGUGCACAUCGAGAGACAAUUUCGUUUGAAGAGAUAACUCUGUACUCCGGAUGGUUGGCUUCCAGCUCGACCAUUGUUGUACGCUAUCUUCUGAAGCGCGUCACGCGACCGUUUGGAUUUGAGCAGACCAUACCUCGCGAUCCUAGUGUAUCAGCUCCUAUCGCCAUGGCCUGCAUGCAGUUAGAGGAGGUCUUUGCAGACUGGGAGCAUCACAUGGUCCCUGAGGAGGCAUGGGCGACGCCAUCAGAACAUGACUGGGGCUGUGUCGAGCGAUACAUCUCCUGGUACUACAGAGUCUCACACCCCUACAUGCUUCCAGAUGCCGAGGGAGGUCCGUCCAGACCAGCCCACGAGGAGAUUCUCCGUGCGCAUCAGGCUCAGUUGGACCACACUCAGGAUCUUCUUCCUUUGUAUCGUCAGAUAACUAACAGGGGCCUUUGA